UUUUUCAUCGUCUAUCUGUGAUUGUGAUUGUUGUACAAACAAUUUGUUUAAAAAUUUAAGCUACAUUUUUUUACUUUUUACAGUUAAAAAAAUCAAAACAAUGAAAAAAGAAUUGUUUCCUAAUAAAGAAGCAUUUAUUACGUUUAGCUUAUACAUCAUAUUGUUUGUAUUUCAGGGUGUAUUUGUAACUGCGUCGAAGACAGAAAAUGGCGGAUAUGACUACAACACCACGCUGGUUGUUUUCCUAUCGGAACUGCUUAAGCUUAUUAUAUCAGCAACAUUGUACACUUAUAGAAGAGAAAAUAAACCACACAUUUUUAAAGCAGUUGCUUUGAAUUACAAAUUAUUACUUUUGUAUUUCAUCCCAUCACUGCUAUAUUGCUUUUACAACAAUUUGGCAUUCAUCAAUUUAUCUCACUAUGACCCAACUUCAUACUACAUACUGCUACAAUUUCGAGUGGUUCUGACAGCUCUCCUGUUCCAGUUUUUAUUCAACAAGAAGUUAGCGUUUAUGCAAUGGAUAUCACUUGGAAUCCUCACAACCGGAUGUAUAAUCAAGAAUUUCGACGCAGCAACAGUCCAGUCGAAUGGCGAUUCAGACUUAUGGUCGCAGAUAUUCAAUAUUUACUUUUUGUCUAUAAACUUCCAGAAUUUCUGCUCAUGUUUAGCAGGUACGUAUAACGAGUACCUACUAAAAACACAAGGAUCCAGUGUCGAUAUAUUCUUACAAAAUGUUUUUAUGUACUUGGACUCAGUAAUUUGUAAUUUCAUAAUUUUAAUGAUAAAGGGCGAGGUGGUUACUCUAUUUGACGAUAUGCAAUCAAUUUGGAAUUUAUUCGUAAUACUUAUUACAGUUAAUAGUGCUGUUGUGGGUAUAGUCACAAGUUUCUUUUUAAAGAACCUUAAUUCAAUAUUAAAAACUUAUGCCAGUGCUUUAGAAUUAGUUAUAACGGCCGUUGUCUGUUAUAUUCUCUUUAGUAUACCCAUCACGCCAUAUACAAUUGUAUCUAUCGGUCUCGUAAGUGUAGCGGUCGUGAUGUACUUCAAAAACCCUGUUAAUAAUGUCAUCCAAAACACAUCCGAUAAGGACAAAGUACCUCUUUUAAAUGUUACGUCAGAAAAAUAAUACUCUAGUCUUUUUUUAAAGAUCUUGAUUAAUUAAGUACCGGUUAAUUCGUGUGUUGAAGGGAUCUCUUAUUAUGAAUAUUUCGAAAUUGACGAUGGUAUAUUUUUAUAAUAAUAUGAUUGCAUUUUUGUAGUUUUUAUUGAUUUUGGAAGUUUUGUAACAGUUCGAAGCUAUGACUGACGAUGACGAUGACGUUGUUGACGUCCGUCCGGACCAUUUACCUGCUAAAAAUUAAUUCUCAAAUAGAUUUUAAACUGAAUAUCUGUAGGUAUGUGUCUAAGGAAUCAUUGUGGCAUUAUGUGUAAUAUUGAAACACUGCACUUCAUAGCAGUUUAUUGUGGUCCUAUAGAUGAAUAAUUUAGGGUGCGAAGGGUUCCGGGUCCUUUUUCGGUUGGGUUAUCUUAUUUUCUAAAUUGAGUCUGGUGUAGAUUUAUAGAAUGCGCCCCCAGCAAAAACUGCUGAAAUAUUAUUUGGUGCAUAUUUAGGUACUACAUUUAUUAUAUUUUCGAAGAAAAGUUCCACACACUUGAAUAUAACGAGAUAAAUUUACGGUUUAAAACCUUUACCAUGGUUAAAGUUAAUAAAACCCAGUUUUGGAGUCAAAUAAAUUGACAUUAAUAUUACGUUAUUUGAAGUCACUUACUUUCAUACCUAAAGCCGCAUUUACAUUACGAAACAAGUUCCAUGCAUGACACUUUUUUCUGUACCUGUGAAACUAGUUUCAUUAAAAAUAAUAGCGUCGUGAACUUGUAUCACAACACAGUGGUCAUGGAUUCUUAUUUUGUUUGCGUCGCGUUUAUACGAUGACACUAAUUUUAUUUUAUCAAAAAAUCUUGUUUCAAUGUUAUGCAAUGGUUGCAUGCACAUCACGCAUGUUUUACACAUGUUAAAUUAUUGAUGAAACUAGUGUCGCGAAACUAAUUUUACACCACUAAUUUCGCAAUGUUUUUGUUGUUGUUUUGUGUCGCUGAAUAAAAAAUAUUUCAAUUGAAUUUUCAAUGUAAAUUCGGCUGAAGGUUCGAUCGAAAUCAUAAAAGCUGUAUUUUUAUAUUGUUUUUACUGUUGACUGAGUUUUCAUGUUUAGUAUGGUACAAAGUAUUAAUUUAUUAUUAUAGAGUAUAAUUUAUUUGUUAGAUAUUUAGUAGGUAUCACAAAUUAAUGUAUCAACGGGUUUUGUUACAAUUUUGUUACCUAAUUUAAUUGUGAUAAGGAUAAGCAAUAAUACUAUUAGGUAUUACAACUAUUGCUGUGUAUAACAACUAUAACAAGCCCAUCCACCUGGUUGGGAAGAGUGGAAAUAAAAAUGCACUCUUCCCACUCAGGUGGGAUGGCCAGAUAAAAUAGGUGGAAUAGGGGGGGUAUGAUUUUAUUCAUGAGCAACCUAUACCAUACCAUGCUAGGUAGGGUUACCACACAUCCAAUUUUUUCCGGGCGGAUAUGCCUAUAUUUUUUAUUAUUUGGUGUGUGUAUACGUGGAACGUAUUUAUCUUGUUCAAUUGGAUAACUAAAAAUGUAUUCAUAUAAUUAAAAGAACCACGCCACUUUUUGUGUGAGACGCUUUUCAGACCUCUGCACAGAUUAAUGUGUUGAAAAUUCCUCAUAUUAAGAAGGUAUAUCCAACCUUUCAUAACUUAACUUUCCCCUCAUAAAGACUAUGUAUAAAGGUCUCAGAAGUCACAAAAUAUAAAUAUAAGUUUACGUAGUUAAAUAGUAUGUUUAUUUAUUCUAUAAAAUACUGGCGUUUAGAAUUGUACCUAUAUUUAAAGUAAUAAUACUAACAUCGGCCCUGUGUGGAUACACUAAAUAUUAUAAUCUUAGUAUUUCUAAGAAACCUUUACCAACCGAAAUUUCUACCAACCGUGCGAUGUGGAAGUCAUUGGGGGAGGCCUAUGUUCAGCAGUGGACGUCAUGUGGCUGAAAUGAUGAUGAUGAUGAUAAUUUCUAAGAGUAACUAUUGUAAUUUGCAAAAGAAAAUUUCUUUUGGUAUUUAUAAUUUUCUAGUAUUUACUAUUUGCGUUACGAUACGAUAUUACAUGUAAACUAAAGUGGAGUGUGCGAAUUCAGAUUGUUUAUGUAUCUUUAAAGUGAUGUACGUUUAAAUCGUUUACCGCGUUACCAGAGUAAGGCGCGGUGUAGUACUGUACGCUUUGUUAAGAAGCAAGUUAAUGAAAGACAAUAACGAGCUAACUUAAUCUUAUACUUAGUUUUAAGUCAUCGCUACAAGUGAAAGGGGUGGAAGAGAUACGGCGUUAUAAAACCGCAGAAUUUUAGUUGACUCAAGUGUUUAAAGUUUUGAUUGUUUCGUUAUUACUUUUUUUUAAUGCGUAGGUCUAAAUUGGGCGUUAGAA